GUUUUGCAACACUGUCUCCCCACGUGCAGACGUCGCAGCUGCUUGUACUUUUGUUUUUCUUCGAAAGUGCGCUGCAUUUGUUGUUUAUAAUGCCCGAAUUCAACGACAGCAAAGAUUUUAACGUUUCACUAGUGAAAGGCGAAACGACGAAGGGCAGCAACGAUGCAAAGAGCGCGCACAAAUUGAACAAGGCGUGUAAAAAGAAAUACCUGGAAGAGAUCGAGCACACGGAAGUGCAUAGCAGCGAAUUCGACAACGAAUGCGCCGCCGAACUCGGAGAGUUCGAUCUGGCCAUACAUGAUGCUUGGGUGCUGCAAUGCCCCAAGGGAAUGGACAUCGCCUCGUUGGCCGGCAAACGCAUUAAGAUGCCCGGACGUCGAUUCGUUGGCGAUCUGCAGGUUCGCGCCACUCCAUAUGCGGAACCGUUGCAGCAGUCAGUUGGUUUCGUGAAUGCCAGGGGCAAGUACUCAUUGCGUCGUGUACCUUUGGCCGGUCACAUGAUUGUGAGCAAGCGUCUGAAUCAGGAGAAACCCGAUGCAGAUGCUGAUGGUGACGAUGAAAGCAGCGCAUUCCCCAAGCCUAGCAGGCCACAAAAGUUCAAGCUGCCGGUGCGUCAUCCGUUCUUUGGCCGCGACUAUCAGGAACGCAUCGAAGUGAACAAGAAAACAUCGAAGCAACUGCGCCAUGCCGAGAAAAAGAGCUCCGAGGCAACGGUGCGACUUCGAAAUACUUCGAAUUUCUAUAAGGUACGCAGCAAGUUGCUGGCCACCACACAGACACUGGAGGAGAAGGAGCACGAUGUGCGACAGUCUGUGCUCACUGGUGUCUUGCCCAAGUUUAUGGCCGAAACUGUUCCGCCGAGCUAUGUGGAUCUGACAACCGGUGACGAUGACGAGCCCGAGGGGCCCAAAAAGAAGCGCAAAAGCAAAGCCAAUGGUGUGGUCGAUAAUGAUGUUCAAGCUGCCGAAUCGUCCUCUAAGAAGAAGAAGCGCCAGGCGGAGUCCAAUGAGGAGGAGACAGUGGUGAAGCCUAAAAAAGCCAAGAAGCUGAAAUCAUCAUGAUUGACACCUUAGACUAUUUAAACUAUUUUAGAGUUUUUGUUCUAGAUGUAUAUAAACACAGAAUAUACAAUUACGUAUGGAUUAUUUUAAUCAG